GGUAAAAGCAGCAGCUAGCUAGAUUUGAUUGCGUACUGUGUGUGGCGCUACUUACAUGAUUAUUUGCUAACCGAUCCAAUAGUUUAAUUACACAACAGAUUUGAUAUAUUUCUAUGUAUAGCGACAUACAGAUGUAUUUCUGCUAAGUUGAGUCUCGAAUAUUCUGUCUCUUUCUCUUUUUAGGAAGAUUCGUGUAUGUAGAUACAUACUCGUAUGUGAGUUGGAUGGAUGAUCUGUGAUUUUUCUUAUGUGUUGUUACCAUGGCUAAACCAUCAUAUAAAUUAAGUAGUGUACUUUUUGGACAUACAUCGGAUGUGAGAGCGAUAGCAACUUUCGCAAAUGGGUCCAUCGUUUCAACAUCCCGAGAUAAAACAGCGCGUGUAUGGAAACCAAGCGGGAAUGGAAAGGACUACAUUGAGACAGCAGUAUUGAAGGGACAUACUAAUUUCGUCAGUUCUGUCUGCAUUAUAAAUCCAUCCGAGGAAAAUCCUAAAGGUUUAAUUAUAACUGGAAGCAAUGACAACACUAUAUGUAUGUAUGAACAAGAUCAGAUAGAACCGUUUCAUAUUAUAAAAGCUCAUCAGAAUACAGUAUCUAAUUUAAGAACUGGAAAACUAGAAAAUACCUUUCUUUCGAGUUCUUGGGAUAUGACAGCCAAAUUAUGGAAUAUUAAGGAUUUAACGAAACCUUUAGUAACUUUAACAGGCCAUACCGCAGCAGUGUGGUGUGUCACAGACUUAGUAGAUGGUAAUAUAGUAACUGGAUCUGCAGAUAAAUUGAUUAUAGUAUGGCAAAAGAAUGGUGCUAUAAGAUAUAAACUAUCUGGUCAUAGUGACUGUGUUCGUGGCAUUGUACCUAUAAAAGAAAAUGAAUUCUUAUCAUGUUCUAAUGAUGCUACAGUACGUCAUUGGAAUAGUAGUUCUGGAGUCUGUUUAGGAAAUUACUGUGGACAUGAAAACUAUAUCUAUAGUAUAACAGCUUUAAUGAAUGGCACUUAUGUUUUUACUUCUGGCGAAGAUCGUACUAUUAGAAUAUGGCUAAAUGGUGAAAUAGAUCAGAUUAUUACUUUACCUACACAAUCAGUGUGGUGUAUAGAUCUAUUACCAAAUGGUGAUAUAGUUGCUGGUAGUUCAGAUAGCAAUAUCAGAAUAUUUUCACCAAUUCCAGAAAGAUAUGCUUCACUUGAAAAAUUACAACAAUUUGAAGAAGAAGUUGCAAAAACAACAAUUAAUAAUGAGCAAGAAUUAGGUGGCUUAAAAAUUAAGGACUUACCCGAUGCAAAGGCAUUACAGCAACCUGGUCAAAAAGAAGGUCAAACAAAAAUGAUAUCUGAUGGGAAUAAUGUUGUAGCAUAUAGUUGGUCACAAAAUGAACAAAGGUGGAUAUUAAUUGGAAAUGUAGUGGGAGCAUCUGGUGGUAGUACGGCUACAUCUGGGAAACAACUUUACAAUGGCAUAGAAUAUGAUUAUGUUUUCUCAGUAGAUAUACAAGAUGGUGUUCCACCUUUAAAAUUGCCGUAUAAUAAUGGUCAGGACCCUUGGGCUGUUGCACAAAAAUUUCUUCAUGAUAAUGAUCUUAGUCAAUUGUUCUUAGAUCAGGUUGCAAACUUCAUAAUUAAGAAUUCUCAACAAGCUCCUAACUUGAAUGAUAGUAUUCAAUAUACAGAUCCAUUUACGGGAGGAAGCAGAUAUAUUCCUGGACCUAACAUGACUGAUAGUCCAUCCGAAUUUUCCUCUAAAAAUAAUCAGAAUUAUUCAAGUCUUUCUUCUGUAUCUCCUUCAUAUAUACCUCAUAUGAAAUAUUUAAAAUUAGAGCAAGCAAAUUUACUUGCUAUAAUAGAUAAAUUAAGUGAAUUAAAUGCAAAACAAGAAUGUACUUUUAAAAUAUCCGAAGCAAAACUAGAAAUAAUAAAACACAUGAUAGAAAAUAAAAUACAUGGAGAACAUAUAGCUGAUGCUAUUGAUAUACUAAAACAAAUUUUAAAUUGGCCUGAGAACUUAGUAUUUCCAGCUCUUGAUAUAGCACGUCUUGCAGUACUCCAUAAAGACAUAAAUGAGCAAAUAAGUACUCCAGAUAUGUUAAAAAUGAUAGACAAACAUAUUAAACCUGGUGCAUUAGCGUCAAAUCAAAUGCUUACAUUUAGAUUGCUAGCAAAUUUGUUCUAUCAUGAAAAGGGAGAAAAUUUUUGUCUCUCCUACAAAGAUGAUAUAUUAAAAGCAGUAUGCAAUUUAAAUUCUCUCGGAAAUAAACACAAUCAGAUUGCAAUAUCAACUUAUAUGUUGAAUUUGAUAGUAGCGUUAAAUAAAUGUAAUGAUAUAUCUGGUAAGACAAGAAUUUUAAAUACAAUGUUUAUGAUACUUCCUCGUUUCAAUGAACCUGAAGCUGUAUUUAGAGCUCUUGUUGGACUAGGAACUCUUUUGGCUGCAACACUGAAUCCAGAUGAGCGUAAUGAAUUAAUUAAAGCAGUACGUCAAUCAGAAAAAAUACUUGACGUACUCAAAACUAUGUCUGAAAAUGCACAUGAUGUUAAUAUUCAAAACAAAGUAGCAAACUGUUCAAAACAAAUUAUAGAUUUAAUUACUUAAAUCUUUGACUAAUAAUUUCCCCCGUACAGGUAAUGAUUUACAAGAUUGUUCAAUAAUUCAUAUACAUACUGCAAAAAAUAAAUAGAGUCUUAAAACUUAUAA